AUGUUCACACCCUGGCUAACGGCUGCUGUCUGCCUCCCAAAUCCUGGAACUGGCUCAGUGCUCUGGAGAAGGGGUUGUUCACAAUACAAGCAGGUAACCGGCAAUGAGGACCUGCCUGAUCCAAUGGAAAAUUCUUAUAAGGAGCCUCUUAAGAAAUGUAUCUUGUGUGAGAAACAUGUAGGAGUUCAGAAUGUACAGGUCUUUGUGGGAAGAAACAGAAAGAAAUUACAAAAGUGA